AUGGCAUGCUUCACAUCUCGAAAUUCUUUCCUCAACAAUGGCGGCCUGGCCACCGUGAGCGCUUGUAGCCUGAGAGAUGACCGAGACUGCUACAUCUGCUUCCGGCCGUACAGCUUCGAUGGCUGGCAAUCGAAUGAUCGAGAUGUCGAAACGCCGAAGCGACUGCCGUGUGGACAUAUCUUCGGCGUCGAUUGCAUCCUGAGCUGGAGUCUAGAGAGUAACACGUGCCCGUACUGUCGGACAGUACUGUUCAAGCCCGUUACAGUGGAGCCGCCAGCAUGGCAACCGUCCGAGGAAGACCCUCUUGAUUCAAUAGAUGCUGCUCCCUUGGAGCCCAUGGACGACUGGCAGCAUGAUUGGUACGAAGCUAUGGGUUUUGAUCCUGCUUACGCGCCUUUGGAGAACUUCGGAAAUGAUCUCGGUCCGGACUAUGGAUCCAUGAUCGAAUACAUCUCGGGAACCUUGGACUACCAGUGCUUCAGCAUCUGUCAACAGAACCAUGACGACCGAUGCCCCAUGCGCCAUGGGUUUGACCAGACCACUACGUUGCCAUCAAUGGCUUAUGCCGAGGCCGACAUGUUCGAUGUGCCGCAGCUUGCCCAAGACUCAGAGCAGCCAUACAUAGCCUCGAAUUCGUCGACUGGCACAUCAUUCCUGUCUCAUAUGCAGGCAUUCUCACAAGCUCAAAACCCAGCGUGCUUUGAUGCUGACUUCCUAGUAGACGUUGACAUGAGGGAUGAUCUUGCGGCCGAAGACGCAGAUAUGGACGAUCUCACUGACAGACACGCACAGUGGAUGGACGAGCUUGAAGACGAUGACGAGGACGACUACGACUUUUCGUUCUGCUGUCUGCAGUGA